ACCCUCCAGUCGCGAAAGGCGAGCGACAAAUUCCCGCCCCCCUCCAACUGCGUGGCGGUUAAAACACCGUUGCGCUGUCGAGAAGGUUCGAUCCUUGAAGAAGGCAGCAGCCGCGAGCCGGCGAGGGAGCCAAUCACAGACGUCGAGAUCUCCGACGCCACAGUCGCUGAGAAAGAAGACUCGUCGGCGGAGGCGCCGCGAUGGUGGCGCCGCUGAGGCUGCCGCUGGUCUUGCCGCUGUUGGUGGUGCUGACGGGGACCGGGCUGGCGUGGGGCUGGGCCCAGCAGGAUAAAAUUUUGUUGCGAGAAAUCCAAGCCCUGACACUCUACCCAGGCAGGUUUACAAAUUCUCGACGGACAUCUCCAGUUCCCCAGUUGCACUGUACUGGCGGCUCAGCUGGAUGUGCAGCGUACACCCCUGAGGUUGUCCAGUGUUACAACAAAGGCUGGGAUGGCUACGAUGUACAGUGGGAGUGUAAAGCACAUAUGGAUAUUUCAUAUCGCUUUGGAAAAAUCGAAGUAAGCUGUGAAGGAUACGAUUACCCGGAUGACCCUUACAUAUUAAAAGGAUCAUGUGGCUUGGAGUACACAUUAGAAUUAACCAAGGAAGGACAGCAGAAAGCAAAUUCCUUUGGUGGGAGUUACUAUUCCACAACGUCUCAUGAUUCAUUAGGCUCAGGUGUUGGAGUGGUCCUCUUAAUAUUAUUUGUGGUCCUUGUUUACGGCGUCUACAAGCUAUUCCUCUGUGAUAACCGGCCACAACAUGGUUUCUCUCACGAUGAUGGCUAUCCAGGAACCAAUGGGCAGGAUCAUCGAAGUCCCCCUCCACCAGGAUUUAAAUCAGACUUCUCACCUCCUCCAGCAUAUAAAUCCCACUUCACAGGUGAUGCUAGUGGCUCGUAUUCUGGUUCAAAUUCAAAUUCUGGGCCUGGAUUCUGGACUGGGUUAGGUGCUGGAGGGCUACUGGGAUACCUGGCAGGCAACCAAAGGUCAUCUACAUAUCACCCACAUUCACCUUACCAUAAUACGUGGGCUGGCCCAACUGCCCCACCUCCUACAUUUGGUGCUUCAAACAGCUCUGCAACAUCUUAUUCAGGGACAAAGUCCACCUCAGGUUUUGGAGGCACAAAAAGGAGAUAAAGUUCCUGAUUUGCUUGAGUGUGUCAAUAAAAACAACUUUCCAGCAAUUUUAAAAAAAAUUUCCAACAAUUUUGAAACCUGUUUUAGCUUUGUAAAAGUUCAUCUUUGGUUCAGUUAUACAUAUGUGUAUUUGAGUUUGAACUUUAAUAUAUAGUUUCAGGAGUUGUUUUGGAUAAUUGCUUAGAAUAGAAAAACAAGAAGCGGACACAAAUUCUUUCUGAAACCAUUAAGUCCCAGUGAAAACAAUGGUACAUUUCUGAGUAAACCAUAAUUUAUAAUCAGCAACAUUUAAAAAACAAACAAACCCAAAAAUAAAGAGCACGAAGAAAUACUAUUACAGCAGGUUGAAAGAAGCAUGAAGGUGAAUCUUCUCAUUAAACUUGUUCCAAAAUGUUACAAAAAAUACCCAUUUCCCCAUAAACCAUACUGUAUAUUCCUGCGUAUAAGUCUACUUUUUAACCCAGGAAAAUCUUCUCAAAAGUAGGGGGUCGUCUUAUACACCGGGUCGUAUUUCUUAUACUGCGAGUAUAUCCCAAACUCAAACUUUAACUGGAAAGGUUGGGGGCCGUCUUAUACGCCGGAAUAUACGGUAAUCAUAGUAACUAUUGUACCAAAUUUUCUCUAUCCAUUCAGAUAUAGUAAGAGAUAGACUUCCCCCCGUCCCCAAUUUUUAGCUGUUAUAAUCUUAGUAGCAGUUACAGUAUAAGGUUAAACUCUUAUUUCUUGAUCAUUUUAUGGAAAAACAUCUUUUAGAUUCGUUCCUUCCAAAUAAAAAGGUUCUGUAGUGGGACAAAAAGUUCUUCUUGGUGGCAGAAGCGCCUGUACUUCUUGAUGAGCUUGUAACAGAACCCCCCCCAUCAGUCAACCUUGAAACAGAUUUCAAAGUAGGGACAGAUUUCAAAGUAGCUCCCACUGUAGGGGGGAAGAAGGAUAGAGAAGGGUGGGUGAGAGAGAAGGACCUUUCUGAAUGGUUACCUUUAUGCCUGAGAAGUAAAAAACAGAAGUGAAAUUUUGAGAAUUCCAGUUUGCUUUUUGGGGAUAAUAACAUGGAAAUAACAUUGGGGAUAAUAACUAAGAAAUGGCAUAUCUACAUCUUUGAAAAAUCUGCUUUAACUUGUUUUUAUUUGGUUUCUGGGGGGAAACGCAAGAAUAGACAUGCAUGCGGUUUAUAAAAGUAAGUCUUAUUUGGGUUGCAACCAACUUAGUCAUAGUUUGAGUAGACUCAUUG